AUGUCCCUGAUGGACAAAUGUAAGAAAUCUCUUUGUCAAAAAUUUAGAAUGACUGAUUUAGGCAAACUAAACUGGUUUCUUGGAAUGUCAUUUGUUACAGGUAAAGAUUACAUUGAGGUGAAUCAAACCAAAUAUGUAGAAAAGAUUUUGGACAGAUUCAACAUGUCAGAUUGUUAUGCAAGGAAUAUACCAUGUGAUCCAAGUAUUGUAAACACCUCAACAGUAGAAUCUAAUGAGUUAAUUAAUGCAACUCUUUACAGAGAAGUGGUUGGAAGUCUCAUAUAUAUUAUGACAGGUACUCGACCAGAUUUGUGCUAUGUGGUUUCAAAACUUUCACAAUAUAUGUCAAAACCCACAAAAGCUCAAUUAAAUUCUGCUAAGCAAGUUCUGAAGUACUUGAAAGGCACCAUGACAUAUGGUCUUACAUUUAGAAAGUCAAAUGAAUCAAUUCAACUCAAAGGCUUUUGUGAUUCAGACUGGGGAUCAUCUGAAGACAGAAAAAGCAUAUCAGGAUAUUGUUUUCAAUUGCAUAGAGAUGGACCACUUAUAUCAUGGAGAAGUAAAAAGCAACAGACAGUUGCACUUUCAUCUUGCGAAGCAGAGUACAUGGCCCUUACUUACGCCAUUCAGGAAGCAAAGUUCCUAAGACAAACUGUAUCUGAUCUAGAUGAAGUAGAAAAGGGUAAUGUAAAGUUAUUUUAUGUUCCUACACAGCAGAAUCCAGCUGAUAUAUUUACAAAACCUGUAAACCAGAAGAAGGAAGAUGAAUUCUUCUGUCAUAUCAACAAAAAGGGCAGAGAUGGGCUCACGAUCAACAAGAAGACCUUUUCGAUGGUGUUUUUAAAAAAUGCGGAGGCUCCUAGUUGCAGAGUCUUUAUUGAAAGAGAACAAAUUAUGCAGGGGAAAUUUGACAAUCAGCAAAGCAAUGUAGAAAAGGCUAGAAGCUACAGAAAUGUGGUUCCUGAGAAGGGUGCUAAAGAUACCUUUUAUUGA